AAGAAACAAGCAAACAGACGGUGGCCACAUUUCACCACUGUCUGAUCACAGCAACGUAACAGUGACACAUUGAAAAGAUAAUAAAUAAUAGUAGCUUUGGUUUUAAAUGUUAUAUUUUAGAGAAACUGAGCUGAAGGUGAAACAGUUACAGUGGGAACUGGUGGAGUUUUGCACAUGGACCAGUUUUGAAGGCUCAUCAGGACCAUGAAGCUGACCGGGACAAUCCUGAACCUGGAGCUCACUCAUCGCAGCGCAGACACUGGACAUUUAAACAACACGAUGGUGACACCACUGCAAACAGUUACAACAGUGUCAGCACCAUCCCAGUCUGAAAGAGGAACAUCUCAGUGUUCCAUCUGCUCAGACAGAGCCACAGGUAAACAUUACGGUGCCUCCAGCUGCGACGGCUGCAAGGGCUUCUUCAGGAGGAGUGUUCGAAACAACCACACGUACAACUGCAGGUUUAACAGGCAGUGUACUGUGGACAAAGACAAGAGGAACCAGUGUCGCUACUGCAGAUUACAGAAGUGCAUCAAGGCUGGAAUGAGAAAAGAAGCUGUUCAGAAUGAGAGAGACUGCAUCAGCAUUCACCGAGCCAAAGGCCAGACUGUGGGCUCUCUGUGCAUCACUGUGCUGCUGCGGGCCGAGGCCAGCGUGCAGCAGCCCUCAGUGCUGCUCUCACCCCAGAGUCACGACAUCUACACCAAGAAGACGGCGUGCAUCGCAGAUGUGUUUCACUCCAUGAAGCAGCAACUCCUCCUGCUGGUGGAGUGGGCAAAGCACAUCCCAGAGUUCUGCAGCCUCCCUUUAGAUGACAGGGUUACUUUGCUACGAACCCACUCUGCAGAGCAUCUUAUUCUCGGGGCAGCGCGACGUUCUCUGCCUUACAACAAUCUCAUUCUCCUGGGAAAUGACUUUGUGAUCCCCCUGAGAGGUGCACAGAUCGAAGUGUCCAGAGUGGCCUUCAGAAUUCAGGAGGAGCUGGUCAAGCCUCUCAGAGAGCUGGACGUCACAGACAAGGAGUUUGCUGUCCUCAAAACGAUCGUCUUCUUUAACCCCGACUGUUCGGGCUUGAAGAGUCCUCAGCUCAUCCGAAAUAUACGUUUCCAAGCCCAACUGUUGCUAGAAGAAGCGACCUGUGAGCAGCGGGGAAGGUUUGGGGAGCUGCUGCUGAUCCUGCCUGCUCUGCAGAGUGUGGCCUGGCAGAUGGUGGAGACGCUUCAUUUAGCUCAGCUGCUGGGUGAAGCCAGGAUGGACAGCCUUUUACUCGAGAUGCUGCUGGGAGAGGAAGCCAAAACUCAACAUGAAACAAACAACGACACGACUCAAGCGCAGCAACGAGCUUCAGCUGAAAACUGCACCUCUGUCACGUCUGACGCUGCAACACCUCUUCCAAGUGGUUUCUCUGCUGCCCACACAGACCAGUGCUGACGUGCAGAGACACAGGGAUGAUACCAGAGACACCUGUCCACACCAAGGGACACAAGAGUGUUAUGAGACAACACACACACACACAGACUGACUGACGUACACACAGACUGACGUACACACAGACUGACGUACACACACACUGACGUACACACACACAGACGUACACACAGACUGACGUACACACACACUGACGUACACACACACAGACGUACACACAGACUGACGUACACACACACACACAGACGUACACACAGACUGACGUACACACACAGACUGAUGUACACACACAAACUGACGUACACACAGACUGACGUACACACAGACUGACG